CACAUCACUCAGCGCGAGGCGAGCUGCAAGGUGAUGAUCACGUGCGCACUUUGCUUUUUUUAGUUGUUGUUUUUUCUUCCAUCUGUGCGCGAGCAUCUGAACCUGUUGUAUUUAUUAUCGAAUUUGUUUGUUUAUUUAUUUAUUUGUACGGGGGUUGCACAAGCACAAACAGGAGGAUGCCCCUUUCGGAACGUUACUGCCGCUUCUGCUGCUUCUGCUGCUGCUGUUUGAGGCACCUGGAAUGCCUACGCAUUGAACGAGUCGGCAUCCAAAAGUCGUGAAAAAGUCGGAUGGUCGGUUUGUUCCUCGUGGCGCAGAAUCGAGCUUCCUACCUGCCGUCGAGGGAAAGUAUCACGAGGCUCCCAGGUUUAGUCGUCCUAUGAAUGGGGCUGUGCUGUGCCCAGCUCAGCUCCCCGUGCCCUGGUCAGGACUAUGCAGGGCCUUGGUUCCUAUCUGAAUGCACUGGCCAGUGGUUUGCGAGAACAGGGAGGGUGGAGGGGCCCACCGAGGCCGAGGUGGACGUGGUGCUAUGCCCCCUCCAUUCCGGAUAGCGGUGCUGGGUGCGCAAGGCGUGGGCAAGACAGCUAUUGUGCAGCGCUUCCUCCACGAUGACUACAGUGAAGUGGCCCCGUCAAGCCACACACGCCGGGUGCAUCUGUCCGCCGCUGUGCUCAAUGGCCACGUGCACGACCUGCAGAUCACCGACUAUCCAGCCAUCAGCAGCUUUCCCGGCAGCUCCCUCCAGGAGUGGUCAGACGUUUGUUGUAGAGGCAUUCGCAGUGCCCAUGUCUACAUCCUGGUUUACGACAUCUGCUGCUUCGACAGCUUCGAGUAUGUCAAGACUAUGCGCCAGCAGAUCCUGGAGACCCGGGUGAUGGGCGCAACAGAGACGCCGAUCCUGAUUGUAGGAAACAAGCGGGAUCUUCAGCGAGGCCGGGUCAUCCCGCGCCACAAUGUCUCAGACUUGGUGCGCAAGAGCUGGAAAUGCGGCUAUGUGGAGUGCUCGGCCAAGUUUAACUGGCACAUUUUACUGCUGUUUGGUGAGGCCCUGCGGAGUUUUGGCUGUGCCCGCUGCAAACAUGUGCACGCCACGGUACGCUUUCAGAGAGCGCUGCGGAGAGAGCGUUGCGCUCUUAUGUGAGGUGCGAGCUUGUCACGGCGCCUUGUUUGGUUUGAAAAGAAACCCAGUUAUAGCUGUGAUAAUAAGGUCCGGUUGCCAUCCAGCCAAGUAAUCCUGCCGUGGAUGUUUCACUAAGGAGGAAAGCAUCCUCUGUUGACACAAACUGCUCUUGGAUGCCAAGAGGAACCCUCAGAUGCUGCUUGUCCAGAAAACAGGCCGACCGAAACGCUCAACGAUGACUGAAGCCUCAAAAAAAAAAAAAAAUCAGCUUUAAUAUCAUGUUGCUGAAAUGCAAAUAACGUGCUUAUGUCAGGACUGCUUUUAAAAAAGAAAAAAAGCCCGUUUCUGCUUUUUAUUUUGGGCAUACAGUGAUGAAUCUUCCAGUUUUAUUGAGCAAAAGUGCGUCUCUCAUCAUGACUCGCUGUACCACACAUGGGUAAAAAGCACAAGAGCACAAAUAAACCUAUGUGUACACCCAGUGGAUACUUCCAUGUUAGGACAUACCUGUUUAGCCUGUUCAGGUGCAAUUCAGAAAUAUUGUGUUGUAUGAAAUGGCAUGAAAUAUGACUAAAUUUUAUUUUUAAAUGAAGUAUUACAACAGGACAUGGGUCAGUGAGUUAUAUGAUUUAUUAUACAGUACUGUGCAAAAGUCUUGGGCCUGCCGGCAUUUCUCCAUAAGUAAUUUAAUUAAAUGAUGUAGAUUAAAUUUAAAAAGGGGCAACAGGCUACAAAGUGCCUAAAGAUGCAAAAUCACGAAUUGUUUAUGUAACAACCUCAGCAGCAGCCUCAUUUCCCCUCUUGUCUCUUUCAACCACUCAGCAUUCAGCAUCACCAGGAUACUAAUCACCGACCUGAUCAUCCGUCAUCAUCUGCAUCAUAGAUGAUUUCUAUGCUUGGAUGAUUCAUAGGUCAGUGUGUGGCUUAAGAAACGAAAAACAUUUUUUUUUUUAACUGGUCAGGUACAGGGACUGGACUGAAAAUCAAAGGCCUUCAGGAAGCCUGAAAAACUAUUCCUCAAAACUGCAUUAAAAAUAAUACAAUAAAGUCUGGCUCUUUGGAAGCAAAAUACUGUAUGAAGAAAUGAGGGCUGGUUUCAGACUUUUGGACAGAACUCUUGUUCUCCAGAAGCGAGCAAACAGGAGGGUUCACAUUUUAUUCUUCUAUAAUAUAAAGCUUGACCUCAUUUUUCAUCCAGAAGGAUAGCACAAUAUUGCCAAGAAAUAUGUUCUACCAUAAAAUUUGCUAUUACAUCUGACAGCUUUGACAGUCCUCAUGAUGCCUAAAGAAUAUAUUUUAUACAACAUUCUGUAUUUUAAUUUCAUAUCUAGUUCAGAUAGUGCCCCUCGUAACUGAAAUUUAAAUAUUUUUUUUUUUAAUAAUUUUUUUUUUUUUAAGUGAGAA